CAAUGCCAGCGGCCUUCCGGGGAGAGGAGCUGGGGCGCGGUGAUGGCGGGGGCGCCUGCUCUGAAGCACUGGCGCACCACGCUGGAGCGGGUGGAGAAGUUCGUGUCGCCGCUCUAUUUUACCGACUGUAACCUCCGCGGCAGGCUCUUUGGGGAAAGCUGCCCCGUGGCUGCGCUCUCCAGCUUCCUGACGCCCGAGAGGCUUCCCUACCAGGAGGCAGUCCUGCAGGACUUCAGCCCGGCGCAGGUCGGCGACAGCUUCGGACCGACAUGGUGGACCUGCUGGUUCCGGGUGGAGUUGACCAUCCCAGAGGCAUGGGUGGGCCAGGAAGUUCACCUUUGCUGGCAAAGUGAUGGAGAAGGUCUGGUGUGGCGCGAUGGGGAACCUGUCCAGGGUUUGACCAAAGAAGGUGAGAAGACCAGCUAUAUCCUGACAGACAGGCUGGGGGAAGGAGACCCCCGAAGCCUGACCCUCUAUGUGGAAGUGGCCUGCAAUGGGCUCCUGGGGGCUGGGAAGGGAAGCAUGAUUGCAGCCCCUGAUCCCGAGAAGACGUUCCAGCUGAGCCGGGCUGAGCUGGCCGUGUUCCACCGGGAUGUCCACAAGCUCCUAGUGGAUCUGGAGCUGCUACUGGGCAUAGCCAAGGGUCUCGGGGAGGACAACCAGCGCAGCUUCCAGGCCCUGUACACAGCUAACCAGAUGGUGAAUGUGUGUGACCCUGCCCGGCCCGAGACCUUCCCAGUGGCCCAGGCCCUGGCGUCCAAGUUCUUUGGCCAACGUGGUGGUGAAAGCCAACACACCAUCCAUGCCAUAGGGCACUGCCACAUUGAUACAGCCUGGCUUUGGCCCUUCAAAGAGACCAUAAGGAAAUGUGCCCGGAGCUGGGUGACAGCUGUGCAGCUCAUGGAACAGAACCCUGAGUUCAUCUUUGCCUGCUCCCAGGCACAGCAGCUCGAGUGGGUGAAGAGCCACUACCCCGGUCUGCAUGCCCAGCUCCAGGAGUUUGCCUGCCGCGGGCAGUUUGUGCCCGUGGGGGGCACCUGGGUGGAGAUGGAUGGGAAUCUGCCCAGUGGAGAGGCUAUGGUGAGGCAGUUCCUGCAGGGCCAGAACUUCUUUCUGCAGGAGUUUGGGAAGAUGUGUACUGAGUUCUGGCUGCCAGACACGUUCGGCUACUCAGCACAACUCCCCCAGAUCAUGCGUGGCUGUGGCAUCAGGCACUUUCUGACCCAGAAGUUGAGCUGGAACUUGGUGAACUCCUUCCCGCACCACACCUUUUUCUGGGAGGGGCUGGAUGGCUCCCAUGUACUGGUCCACUUUCCACCUGGCGACUCCUAUGGGAUGCAGGGCAACGUGGACGAGGUGCUGAAGACUGUGACCAACAACCGGGACAAGGGGAGGACUAACCAUAGUGCCUUCCUCUUUGGCUUCGGGGAUGGGGGCGGCGGCCCCACCCAGACCAUGCUGGACCGCUUGACGCGGCUGCGCGAUACGGAUGGGCUGCCCAGGGUGCAGCUGUCUUCUCCAAAGCAACUCUUCUCGGCACUGGAGAGUGACUCGGGGCAGCUGUGCACGUGGGUCGGGGAGCUCUUCCUGGAGCUGCACAAUGGCACCUACACCACCCAUGCCCAGAUCAAGAAGGGGAACCGGGAGUGUGAGCGGAUCCUGCAUGACGUGGAGCUGCUCAGUAGCCUGGCCCUGGCCCGCAGCACCCAGUUCCUGUACCCAGCAGCCCAGCUGCAGCACCUCUGGAGGCUCCUGCUUCUGAACCAGUUCCAUGAUGUGGUGACUGGAAGCUGCAUUCAGCUGGUGGCAGAGGAUGCCAUGUGCCACUACGCAGACAUUCGUUCCCAUGGCAAUGCACUGCUCAGCACUGCAGCCACAGCCCUGUGUGCUGGGGAACCAGGUCCCGAGGGCCUCCUCAUUGUCAACACGCUGCCCUGGAAGCGCACGGAAGUGUUGGCCCUGCCCAAGCCCGGCGGGGCCCACAGCCUAGCCCUGGUGACAGUGCCCAGCAUGGGCUAUGCUCCUGUUCCUGCCCCCAUCUCGCUGCAGCCCCUGCUGCCCCAGCAGCCUGUGUUCGUAGUGCAAGAGGUGAGUCCCAGCAGGUCCUGCAGGGCAAGAGCUGUCCUGGGGUGCUCUAACAACUUGGAGAUCCUGAGCUCCGACCUGGAGCAAGUGGCAAGGUGGGGGUUGGGUGGGGAUGGGGGUGAAGUCCCUACAGACUCAGCCUCACGGCCCCCUUUCACCAAGACUGACGGUUCCGUGACUCUGGACAAUGGCAUCAUCCGAGUGAGGCUGGACCCGACUGGCCGCCUGACGUCCUUGGUCCUGGUGGCCUCUGGCAGGGAGGCCAUUGCUGAGGGUGCUGUGGGGAACCAGUUUGUGCUGUUUGAUGAUGUGCCCUUGUACUGGGACGCCUGGGACGUCAUGGACUACCACCUAGAGACACGGAAGCCCGUGCUGGGCCAGGCAGGGACCCUGGCAGUGGGCACUGAGGGCGGCCUGCGGGGCAGUGCCUGGUUCUUGCUGCAGCUCACCCCCAAUAGUCGGCUCAGCCAGGAGGUGGUGCUGGAUGUUGGCUGCCCCUAUGUCCGCUUCCAUACUGAGGUGCACUGGCAUGAGGCCCACAAGUUCCUCAAGGUGGAGUUCCCUGCCCGUGUGCGUUGUCCCCAGGCCACCUAUGAGAUCCAGUUUGGGCACCUGCAGCGGCCCACCCACUACAACACCUCUUGGGACUGGGCUCGAUUUGAGGUGUGGGCCCACCGCUGGGUGGAUCUGUCAGAGCAUGGCUUCGGGCUGGCCCUGCUCAACGACUGCAAGUAUGGCGCGUCAGUGCGAGGCAGCGUCCUCAGCCUCUCGCUCUUGAGGGCGCCUAAGGCCCCCGACGCCACUGCUGACGUGGGACGCCAUGAGUUCACCUAUGCACUGAUGCCACACAAGGGCUCCUUUCAGGAUGCUGGAGUUAUCCGUGCUGCCUACAGCCUCAACUUCCCCCUGUUGGCGCUGCCAGUCCCGGGCCCAGCGCCCGCCACCUCCUGGAGUGCCUUUUCCGUGUCCUCUCCUGCCGUCAUGUUGGAGACUGUCAAGCAGGCGGAGACCGGUCCCGAGAGCCAGAGCCGCGCGCUAGUGCUGAGGCUGUAUGAGGCCCACGGCAGCCACGUGGACAGCUGGCUGCACACCUCGCUGCCCGUUCAGGAGGCCAUCCUCUGUGACCUCCUGGAGCGGCGAGAUCCUGCUGGCCACUUGCCCCUUCAGGACAACCGCCUGAAGCUCACCUUUUCUCCCUUCCAAGUGCAGUCCCUGCUGCUCGUGCUUCAGCCUCCAGAAAACUGAGUCCCUAGGGUGGGGUUUUGUUUGUGGAAGGCUUUGGGGACUCCUCGUUGCUGCCUCCCCAUCCUGAAGCACUGAUCAGUCGCCUCUUGUGUAAUAAACCCUCGGAUCAGGAA